AUGUUGGAGACGUGAGUAUCAUAGUAAUAUUCUAUGUCCGUGUAUCAAAUUCAAGAGAAGUCGCUGACGACGGACCAUCAUGCCAGCUGUGUUCAUUUCCAGUCAAAGGUGUUGAGCAUUUUUACAAUCACUUCAAUUACGGGUGCUUAAAUUUAUAAAUUCAAUAACCUUAAAAGGCUUGUAGAAGGUAUGGGUGUAGAACGUGUUCGAUGGAGUUUACAUCGCCUGGCGAGCGAAAGAAGCACUGCGAUGCGACGAAUCAUAUUCCUUCCAUUAGAGUUUACUUUCUUUCCCUAUUUUGAUUCAUAUUAUUUUGAUUGCAGACCAGCGUGAAUGAGUAUAUAGAGUUCAUUUCGGAGGUCAUGUUUAAGGAUUGUCAAUUUCUCUUGAACAUCGAGUUGGCAGCUCUUCUGGAAAUGCGCAAAAAAUAUUUUACAAAUGCGUUUGUAUGAGAAGUUUUGUGGAUAUAAAUUUCAAGUUUUCAGGAAUUCGAAGCUCUCAAAAAUAUUAUGCACGAGUUUAACUAACCGUCCUAUCCAAAUACCUUCCCUAAUUCCAAGUGACAUUACUACCCAAACUGAACAAGUCCUCGACUCUGCGAACGAUGUAUCAUAUCUUGAUGGGAAUAUUUUGAACGUUUCUGCGGAUAUCAAGUUUAUUCUUUUCUUGUACCUUUUCUUCAUGAAAAUUUUCCAGUACAUCGCUACCCGCUGAUCAAACAAUACUGGUGAAUGGAAAAAUCGUUUCUCCUCAAAAAAGUCUAAUCAUUUUUAUUGAAGUUAUCAAUUUUUGGAUUUACAGAAACGAGAAAAAAUAAAUCAACCGAGCCAACUGCAUCUUUUACAGAAGAGGCAGCGAGAGAGCCUCCGCGACAAGAACAGGUUAUUUUUCAUGUUUAUAGUUUUUUUUUUGCAAUUUGUAAUAUUUCCCGUUUUAUAUUGUGGAGAAUUGAACAUUAGCAGAUUGGAGAACUGGAGGACGUCGGCUUUUCUCCAGAAACCGCCAGUUUGGCGGUCCACUUGAACCCAGCGACGUUUCUGAAGUCUAACUUGGCCGAAGUCAAAUGCCUCGUCUGCAAAAAACCCGUUGCUAACACAUACUGUUAGUUUCAAAUUGAAAUUUCGAAAAUCUAUCUUUUUCGCAAAAAUGAUUCAAAGUAUUUGAAUGUCAAUCUCAUCAAGUUUUCGAAAAUUAUUUUUUUGACCAAAGAAGUUUUUUUGUAGAGAAGUAAAAUCAAAGACUUUUUUUGGUUAUACCUUAUUCUAGAAUCCCCCAACUUUGGAAUAAGCAUUGAAAGCCUUGCACGGAUCAGCCUCCCACAUUCCAGAAUAGCCCCCUCACCUCAUUCUAGAAUAGCCCCCCACACCAUUCUAGAAUCGCUUCCCACCACAUAAUAAAUCACCAGAUCAACAAAAAAAUUUAAAAAAAUAACUGGGAAAUAACCAGCCCCCGUAAAAAUAUGUAGUAGAAAUGCCUAAAAAAACUUUUUUUAAACCACGAUUAAUUUAUCAAAAACCAUCAAAAAAAUACAAACUAUGUAUUAUAUUAUGGUUUUUUUAUUCAAUGAACACAAAACAUAGCCUAAAAAGUUUUUAUAACAGAAUAAUACACGUCUUAAAUUAAUAUUAACUACAUGAAAAUGGAAUAAAUGAACAAAUAAAAAAACAAAAAAAGGUUGAAAUUUAUUUGAAAAAAACAAAAAAAUUCCUAAAUUAAAAAUAUAUAAAAAUCUGAUCAAAAACACAGCCUCCCUUUAAAUCGUCUCGAUGCCCAUAAGCAAAUAGUUUCACCUACUGGUGGGGGGCUAUUUCCUACACUAGUGGGGGCCAUUUUGGAAUGAUCCCGAGUUAUGAAAUCGUUUGACUUUUCAGUGGACAGAAAGCAUCAUGUCACUCUGACGCACAUUGCCGCUGACGUGGCAGAGGAAGAUUAUGUAGAUGUGGUGAUGGAAAAGGUAAUACAUCGAAAGAAGUAUAGUAAGAUGAACUAUAAUUUGAGAUGGAAAGAGCUUUUCCUGGCAUGCCAAACAACGACUUCUCUUGCCAGUUCUGCGGGAAAGAGGUGCGCAAUCAAAACGGAAGGUAUUUUUUGUCGCUUCUAUUUGAUUUGAUUGUGAUUUGCGAUCUUUGCAGAAAAGACCACGUCGAAAGAACACACGCCGAAGACAUCCCCGAGAUGAUUUGUCCCAUCAAAACCUGCGCCAAGCCUUUUUCACGGCAUGCAGAAAUGUUCACUCACUUGAAAACAGUUUGCCUCUUUCUUCCGUUCAAUCUCAACGAAUGUGAGCAGGUUCAUCGCUGCGGUUUCCAAACUUUGCCCAUAUCAACCGUUGCUUCUAACGUCUUCAAUGAGAACCGGAAGCAAAGGAACUUUAGCAUCAAUAAUAUCGUCGCAGAAUGCUUUCCUUGUGGGCUUCCCCCGAACACCCGAGUCGUGGGUUUUUCUUUAAUUUUGUUUUAUCAUGAAAUGAAGAGAGAAGCUCACGUAUGUCAUUAUUUCGAAAGGUAUUGAAAAAAUAGUUUUCGUUUUUUUUUUUGUGAUUCUCACAGAAAGCUUUCUGACUAGAGCCAGAUACGUCUAUCUCAUGUCGGACUUCUAUGAAUCAAAUCCUAGUAGUUUUACUAACCUUUCACUCUUAUUUUUUGCUCUUCGUUUCAAUUUCCAGAGAGAUUUUUUGGCAGUUCCGUCGUAUAUCAAGUUAUAUUCAAAAAAAAAAAUGAUAAUAUUGCACUGUAACAACUCAUAUUUGUUCAGCUUUUUGUCUAGAACUCCCAGAAGACAGAGAACAUGAAAAAAACCACUGGUGAAUCGAGAGGUAGAUACAAGUAGGUACCGGAUAGCAACUCAAGUCAAUCGGCGAAUGGAAUCGGUGGUCAUUUGUAUGCGACCGGGUAAUAUCUCUAUGGUACCUGGAUAGUACCUGAUCGGUAUCUGGAUGCUUCCGGGUAUGUACCCGAAACUCGCGAUUGCCACUGGCUGGCACAUCGGUCGUUUAUAUACCGUCAGUGUUUUUUUACACCAUCCCAAGCCUUCCAGGGUUCUAUAGGAUAAAGGUGAAACAAAAAAUAACGACCCGAGAACCAAUUCCAGACUUUCCGAAAGAAAUCGCGAAUGUCAGGUAGCUACCCGGUAGCUACUUGAAUCGACCUCCGACCCAGGUACCAUAGAGAUGGUACCCGGUCGCAUACAAACGACCACCGAUUACCAUACCCCGAUUGACUUUUUCAAAAGUUGCUACCCGGUAGCUAUUUGUAUCGAUCGAUUCACCUAAAGAAAUUGGAAAGGUCUGACGAUUAAGGUCGAAAAUUGCUGCAAACUGAAGAAAUACCUUCCAUAGAAAAGCAUCGUUGAUUUUGUUCCGAACAGUGUUUCAAGCUUCCUUUUUUCCCAUGACUGAAUUCCGUUUUAUUCGAAUCCAAAAAAAGUUUUUUCAUUUUGCGGAUCGUUAACGAUAAACAUUCAGAGAACCACGAGCGCUUCUGUUACUACGACGAGUUUAUCAGAACUGACGAAAAACCUCAACUCCGGACGACUUGCUGUAUGUGUUCCUCUCUUUUUUGUCUCUUUUGAAAUAAUAUUUCAAGUUGGUUUUCCAAAUCGGAGACAUUUUUCCAGCAACAACCGAAUCCUCCUCGAAGGAUCGAAAGCGAUAGUUCUUCUUCUUCAGAUGACGAGGACUCUAAACAAACAGGAGAAGGACGAAAAUCUAGGCAGAGAUUGAAUCAACCGUCAACUUCCACUUUGAAUUCACCUAUCAAGAAUUCUCCCUCUCAAGAGUUGCAGAAUGUCCCCAAAGUUUAUUCUUCUUAAUCAAUUUUUUUGAAAACAAGUUUUGAUAUUUGAUGAGAAUAAAUUCGUCAGAUUCAGGAAGAAGCUUCUGAAGGAUCGUUUCCUGUCGAUGCAGUUUCGGCCUCGCAGAGUCUUUUAUCGAGGAGAGAGCCAAUUUAUCCUUCUGAGGUUCCUGUUUUGACAAGUUACUUUUUAACGCUUUUUUCAGUUUCAGGAAGAAUUGAAUACAACAAAAACUCAUACGAAUACCAGACACGCGGUUUCCACUGGCCGUUUCCGUCCAUCUCAACAUAGAAUCUCGACUAGACAACCGGAAAAUCUUGGGUUUUUGAAUAUCUUAAAAAAUAGUCGCCAUGAAAGAAAGUUUCAGAACAUUCUCUCAGAACAAUUUUGAAGCAAGAAACUCUCAAGAAUAUUGCUAUGGCUCCCCGGCGGCAUCUCAAAGAACGGCGUCUUAUGCUCAUUAUGGCUACGGUUCAUGGAAACAGCCUCAAUUCAACGAGGAGCGGUCAGCGCCGGUGCCGCUCAUGGGGUUGUGGAACGACGCGAAUUCGAGACAUGUCCGUCCUCGCUUAGGCUCAGAAAGCGACGUCCAGCUGUUGUCUCAACUAUACAUGCCUCCGAAUUUUUCUCACAGGUUUCUGAUUCAAUUUAUCAAAAAAUAUAGCUUCAUUUUCAGUCAUUCUUCUGCGGAGCGCGGAACACAAAGGCUUCCGAAUAGAAAAAAACAGAGUAAGUUAUUUUUGAAAAACAAACUUUUUUUCUACUGAGGAUAAAAAAAUAAAAAAAAUAAAGAAAUGUUUGAAAAUCACUGACCGUUUUUUUAUUAUCUAAUAUAUGACUUUUUUUGUGUCGCCAACUCCAUAAAUCUGUUCUAUGAUAGAGCAAGUUUCGAAAGCAGCUUUUUUUGGCAGAUCCACUUAAAAAGCGUUUCAGAGUAAUAUUCAAAACUUUAGUCUAAUUUCGAUGAAUAUCAUCUUUGAAGAUUUCAAAAAAAAAAUCGUUGUAAUUUUUUUUUAGAGGGAAGCGAAGAAAGUUACGAAAUCUCCGGUUUCCUUUGA